UGUUGCAGUUUCGUUUAGUUCCAGGCAGAAUGCGGGCUGGGAAACUCUACAUUGUGAUGUUGCUGACCACAGUGGCGUGCUUUGGACAGGAAACAGGUCUCCCAGCAACAACAACUCCAACUCCUCCUCCUACCACUGGCAAGCCAAAGCCUGUCCUGACCCGGGAGCCUGCAGGAGAGAUAUUUGAAGGAGACACAGUGACUCUGAGCUGUGGGGUUGAGGGGGGCUCUGAUGGCUGGAGAUAUCUCUGGUACAAAGACAGGCAGCACAGCACUCCAGUGUACCAGACUAACAGCAGCAGUGGAACUGGAGCCGGAUACACAAUCAGUGCUGCUGCUCUGUCCCACAGUGGAGAGUACUGGUGUGGAGCUGGAAGGGGGAGCAACCCGUUUAACUCAGACUACAGCAAUGCUGUCAAGAUACAAGUAUCAGAGCUGCCCCAGACUACACUCACCCUGGAGCCUCCAUUCCCAGAGAUAUGCACCGGGGAGACAGUCACUCUGAGGUGUGGGGUUGAGGGGGGUUCUGCUGGCUGGAAAUAUCUCUGGUACAAAGACAGUGAGGACACUCCAGUGCCCCAGACUGCUGUCCGCAGUAUAACUGGUGACAGCUACACAAUCACUGCAGCUGCUGUAUCUGACCAGGGCCAGUACUGCUGUCGAGGACAAAGAGGAGAUCAGCCACUCUACUCACAGCUCAGUGAUAAAGUAAUAUUAACUGUGUCUGAGGUUUGUCCCAAGGCUGUCCUGACCCUGCAGCCUGCCGGGGCACAGAUAUUCACAGGAGAGACAGUCACCCUGAGCUGUGAGGUGGAGGGGGGCUCUGCUGGCUGGAGGUUUAAACAGUACAGAGAUGGACAUGAAAAGGCAUUGUGCACUGAUCAAUACAGUGGGAGAAAUGGUGAUCACUGCAAAAUCACUUACGCUCAAGAGUCCCACAGUGGAGUGUACUGGUGUGAGUCUGCAUCAGGACAGGAGCGCAGUAAUGCUGUCAACCUAACUGUGUCCAAUGAAUGGGUGAUCCUGCAGACUCCCACCCAGCCUGUGUUUGAAGGAGAUGCUCUGACUCUGAAGUGUCGUGUCCGCUAUAAUGAUCAUAUUACCAGGGUUGUCUUUUAUAAAGAUAAUAAAGAGUUACAGUCCCAGGCUGACACAGAGCUGAGUGUGGCUCGUGUUUCAAAGAGUGACGAGGGCUCCUACAAGUGCACAGCGUGGGGGUGGAGCUCCUACCAUUAUGGUGACUCUGCAGAGGUGCGGGUGUCAGUGAGAGAACGACCCCAGGCUGUCCUGACCCAGGAGCCUGCAUGGACACAGAUAUACGAAUCAGAGAGAAUUACACUGAGAUGUCAGGUUCCGGGGCGUUACACUGACUGGAGAUUCACAUGGUACAAAGCUGGGAGGAAUGCUCCAGUAACCCAGGAUUACUACAGCAGUACAGAUGGUGACAGCUACACAAUUAGCUCUGCUGCUCAAUACCACAGUGGGGAAUAUACCUGUAAAGGUGAAAGGAGUGGUAACCCAUCGUACUCUAAAACAAGCGAUGCUCUUACACUGAGAGUAUCAGCUGGCAAGCCAAAGCCUGUCCUGACCCGGGAGCCUGCAGGAGAGAUAUUUGAAGGAGACACAGUCACCCUGAGCUGUGUGGUUCAGGGGGGCUCUGGUGGCUGGAGAUAUCUCUGGUACAAAGACAGGCAGGGAGCUCCAGUGUACCAGACUGACAGCAGCAGUGGAACUGGAGUCGGAUACACAAUCAGUGCUGCUGCUCUAUCCCAGAGUACCGGUGGAGAGUACCGGUGUCUAGCUGGACGGGGUAGCAAACCAUUUAACUCCGACUACAGCAAUGCUGUCAAGAUAAAAGUUUCAGAGCUGUUUAGCACACCCACUCUGACAGUGACGCCUCAUGCCUCAGUGUGGGAGGGAGAGGCUGUGACUCUGCAGUGUGGGGCUCACAUAAAUAAACAGGGCACACAACUGCAGUACCGCUAUAUCAAAGACAAUGGAGAUCAGAGAGGAGCUGGAUCACAGGAUCAGUACUCAAUCCCAGCGGCAGGGCUGAGAGACACAGGGAGCUACCAGUGUGAGGUGGAGGCAGCAGGGACGGGGCUGAAGAAAAGGAGUGAUUCUGUGUCACUGACUGUGAGAGAGCUGUUUAGGAAACCCAUUCUGACAUUCACCCCUGUGAGUCCAGUGUGGGAGGGAGAGGCUGUGACUCUGCAGUGUGGGGCUCAGAUAAAUAAACAGGGCACACAACUGCAGUACCGCUAUAUCAAAGACAAUGGGGAUCUGAGAGGAGCUGGAUCACAGGAUCAGCACUCAAUCCUAGCGGCAGAGCUGAGAGACACAGGGAUCUACCAGUGUGAGGUGGAGGCAGCAGGGACGGGGCUGAAGAAAAGGAGUGAUUCUGUGAGGCUUUCUCUGAAAGUGCUGCCCCAGACUACACUCACCCUGGAGCCUCCAUUCCCAGAGAUAUUCACCGGGGAGACAGUCACUCUGAGGUGUGGGGUUGAGGGGGGUUCUGCUGGCUGGAAAUAUCUCUGGUACAAAGACAGUGAGGACACUCCAGUGCCCCAGACUGCUGUCCGCAGUAUAACUGGUGACAGCUACACCAUCACUGCAGCUGCUGUAUCUGACCAGGGCCAGUACUGCUGUCGAGGACAAAGAGGAGAUCAGCCACUCUACUCACAGCGCAGCGAUCCUGUGAAAUUAAACAUAACUGCUGGCAAGCCAAAGCCUGUCCUGACCCGGGAGCCUGCAGGAGAGAUAUUUGAAGGAGACACAGUGACUCUGAGCUGUGUGGUUGAGGGGGGCUCUGAUGGCUGGAGAUAUCUCUGGUACAAAGACAGUCAGAGAACUUCAGUGUACCAGACUGACAGCAGCAGUAAAACUGGAGCCCGAUACACAAUCAGUGCUGCUGCUCUGAAUCACAGUGGAGAGUACCGGUGUCUAGCUCGACGGGGCAGGAACACGUUUUACUCAGAAUACAGCAGUGCUGUCAAGAUACAAGUGUCAGAGCUGUUUAGCACACCCACUCUGACAGUGACGCCUCAUGCCUCAGUGUGGGAGGGAGAGGCUGUGACUCUGCAGUGUGGGGCUCACAUCAAUAAACAGGGCACACAACUGCAGUACCGCUAUAUCACAGUCAAUGGAGAUCAGAGAGGAGCUGGAUCACAGGAUCAGUACUCAAUCCCAGCGGCAGAGCUGAGAGACACAGGGAGCUACCAGUGUGAGGUGGAGGCAGCAGGGACGGGGCUGAAGAAAAGGAGUGAUUCUGUAUCACUGACUGUGAGAGAGCUGUUUAUCACACCCACUCUGACAUUCACCCCUGUGAGUCCAGUGUGGAAGGGAGAGGCUGUGACUCUGCAGUGUGGGGCUCAGAUAAAUAAACAGGGCACACAGCUGCAGUACAGCUAUAUCAAAGACAAUGGGGAUCUGAGUGGAGCUCGAUCACGGGAUCAGCACUCAAUCCCAGCGGCAGGGCUGAGAGACACAGGGAGCUACCAGUGUGAGGUGGAGGCAGCAGGGACGGGGGUGAAGAAAAGGAGUGAUUCUGUGAGGCUUUCUCUGAAAGAGCUGCCCCAGACUACACUCACCCUGAAGCCUUCACUCCCAGAGAUAUUCACCGGGGAGACAGUCACUCUGAGGUGUGGGGUUGAGGGGGGUUCUGCUGGCUGGAAAUAUCUCUGGUACAAAGACAGUGAGGACACUCCAGUGCUCCAGACUGCUGGCCGCAGUAUAACUGGUGACAGCUACACCAUCACUGCAGCUGCUGUAUCUGACCAGGGCCAGUACUGGUGUCGAGGACAAAGAGGAGAUCAGCCACUCUACUCACAGCGCAGCGAUCCUGUGAAAUUAAACAUAACUGAUCAAUGGGUGAUCCUGCAGACUCCCCUCCAGGCUGUGAUUGAGGGAGACACUCUGACUCUGAGGUGUCGUGUCCGCACAAAUUAUACAUUUACCAGGAUUGUCUUUUUUAAAGAUAAUGAAGAGAUUCAGUCCCCGAAUAACACAGAGCUGAGUGUGGAUCGUGUUUCAAAGAGUGACGAGGGGUCCUACAAGUGCAGAGCGAUGUGGAACUCCUCAACUUACUCUGGUGACUCUGCAGAGGUGCGGGUGUCAGUGAGAGAGCUGUUCUCCAGGGUGACUCUGACAGCCUCUCCAGGAGCCACAGUGAAGGAGGGAGAGGCUCUUAACCUGACCUGUGAGGCAGCAGUGAACAAAACCCCCCGCCCUCAACUCCACUACACCAUUGUGAGAGACGGGGAGCCUGUGACUAACAGCACUGACUCUGCACUGUACAGCAUAGCCAGCACUGAGAAGAGCCACACUGGGAGCUACACGUGUGCUGUGGAGUCACAGGGAGUGAAGAAGAGCAGCCAGGAGCUACACAUUGAAGUGCAAACGUCCUGGCACAGCGCUGUUGCUAUUGGCUACAGAGUGAGCUUCACUCUGAUUCAUUUCAUUGUGUUCACUCUGCUGCUCCUUCAAUACUGCAGGAUCCAAGGUUCCCUGUGUAUUGCUGGUGGUACAUCACGGAAAACUUCGGAUCAGGAUCAGGAGCAGUCAGCAGAGGGGACUGAGCUCUGCAGCCAUGUGCAGCACACUGGAGUGUCGUACUGAAGAUCAGCCUGAAUGCAACAGUAUUGCACUGUCCUGCUAGACCAGUCUGAUGAGAAUAGUAUUGCACUGACCCAUUGAAGAUGUAUCCAUUGCUGGCUGUGCUCACUCAUCUUUGUCUUGCUAAAGACCAGUCAGCCUGCCAUGUCUUAGAACUACUGCAAUUAUCUGUUCAGUUAGCUGUAGUUUCAUAAAAUGACCGUCAACUGGAGUAUUUUCUAAUAAUUUAUUACUUAUUGAUUGAUUACAUUUUUUUGAUUUAAUUGAUGGAUUGCAUUAUUUAACUUUAUGAAGUGCAUUACUUAACAAUGUCUCUAUUCAUAAGCUAUUCUGUAGUGAAUAAACUGCUUUACUCUA